GGUUAUACGUGCUUGAGUUCCCCGCCUUUUGAGUACUAACUGGAGCAGAGUAUUUUAAGGACGUCGUCUUCACAAUAAUACCUCUGUCGUUGUUGAAUUUGACGCCGUAUAACGCGUUUCAGAUACUUUUUCUGAACAUGUAGGCAAUUCUUCACUAUCAGGUCUCUUUUAUUAGCCACCAUGUUGCUACCAUCCGACGUCGCUCGGCUGGUUUUGGGGUACCUCCAAGAGGAGGGACUGACGGCUACAAGUCAAGCUUUCAUUCAUGAGAGUCCAAACCUAAAAGAGUAUGCAGAGCACACCACAGGAGACGGGACUAUCCCUGCUUGUGUAUUUUCUAUCUUUGGGAAAGGCCUAACGACCAUUUUAAAUGAAUAUGUGGCUGCCAAAACAAAAGAGACCUCUCAUGAGGUUCCUGUCGUGAUGACUUCGUUGUGGAAAAAGCUGGAUUUUACACUCAACCAAAUUAAGUCGCUGCAGAAUUCACCUGCUAUAGCAGCAUCUCAAAGAACACGUUCGCGUAUUGGAGUCGAGAACAUGGCGAGGCAGCGGGUCCUGGCCGUGGCUGCAGCUGGUGGUGUCCUCUGCUCCUCAGUUUCUGAAACAAGGUCCAUCCUCAGCCCUGCGCACACCUCCCACAGCAUGCUCGGCCACUCCACUCCCGUGUGCUACACCGGCACCAGACCAGCUCUCGGAAGUGGCGCGCAACAGCAAAUCGUUGAUGGCAGUCGACUGAUGAAUACACCGAGGGAGUCACCUGUCCAAAUCAUUGUCUCAGAGCAUCGACUAAAUCCAGGCCCAAUGUCUCCUGGUCGACGGAAAUGGGACACCCCCAGGAAGAGAGGAGGUGCUCUGAGUGGGUCCAGUGGUCCAGGCAGAUCUGCCAUGACUGUUAGCAGCGUCAGCGCAGAACCCCAACCUGAAGAGGUAGUCGAUGAAAAUUUUCCUCAACUUGUGAUACAAAGUGCACGUGAUAAGAUAUUGGGGGACAGAUCGUUACAAGAAAAGCUUGCUGAAAACAUCAACAAAAUCCUAGCCAAUGAGCCAGUUCCUCAAACACCAAAGGCCGCUACAGUGGAGGCUGACCAGUCUAUAGAUGAAAUCCUCGGAUUACAGGGUGAAAUACACAUGAGUGAUGACGCCAUCCAUGACAUUUUGGAGCAAACAGAGUCUGACCCAGCUUUUCAGGCUCUUUUUGACCUCUUCGAUUACAAUAAAACCAGACUCGCUGAUGGAGAACCGGAGGAUGGAGAUGCUAGCAGCAGUCCCGAAGAAAAUGACACAGCUGGACCUUCUUCUACAGUCAGACCCAUUGAGGGUGAUGAUCAAGUUGCUACACAGGCAGAUGAAAAUUCGUUGGAUACAACACCAAUAGCACUGAAGAUGAGAGCUGGUCAAGAGCGUAAGACCAGGAAAUCUACAGCUCCCACCGUGUUUAAGAAAACGGUUCUUGGCUCCAGUGGCAGGUCGUCCAGAAUUGAAAACAGUUCAGCCAGAUUGUUAGUGACUCACGGCAUGUCAUCUGCUGCUGUGGACUCGAGCAGAAAAGAAAAGGCGUCCUCCUUCAGUAACAGCUCUGUUGCAACACCAAUGGAUAUCGAUGAACCACUGAGUACACCUUCUCUUCUUUUAGAUAGUUUUCCCAAUGAGGAGUCCACCACAACAGACAGCCCCUCCACCACCACAGCCCCCCUCAGUGAAUCAGCUGCCGUCCCCUCCUCAAGAGACUCUGUUGCAUUUACACAACCCAAAAACGUCUCGUCCUCAAAUGUGGACGAAACACAAGAACAAAAGCAGCAAGCACAGGAUUCUGAAGAGCUGCCGGCUUCAGCUUCGAGUAAUCAGCCUGCCAAUUUGUCUUCUGUACAAGUUCAGUUGACCACCACCCCACUUUUGACUGCUAACGUACCUCAUACUUCACAUUCAAGCAGUGGAGGAGACAGUCUGCCAGCGUCUGCUGCCUCAGUUACAUCUGCAUCUGUCUCUACAACUGCUCCUUCUGCGUUUGCUACGGUUACAGCUGCGUUACCUUCAUCAGCUUCCACUGCUUCGCCAUUCACAGCAACACCUUGCUCCCCCACGUCCGCCUCUACCUCUGCAACUCUUACCGCUACGCCUGCCUCAUCCACACCUGCCUCACCCACAUCCUCCUCUGCCUGCAUCCCUGCACCCGACCCCUUGACAACCAACACAAGCACUCCGAGCAAGGUAGCAGCAGCAGCAGACUCCAGCAAUAUAGUAGCUUUGAAGAUCAUCAUAAGCGACAACCAGGAUGAGAAUUCUUCCAGUGACACUGUACUGAAUCAGGCAGUUUCCAGCAUUUCUGGAGACCACAUACCCACCAUCUACCUUUCCUCUCCAGCUAAGUCCCCGGGCCCUUCAAAGGCCCACUUUGACGAGGUAGCUCAGGCGGUUAGUGGCUUACAAAGGUCUGAGGCUCAUGCCAGUCCUUUCAGGAGUAAGGCUGGAGCAGUUAUUUCAUCUCCAUUAGCUGGGACGUCACAGGCCCAGCAAAGCUACAUAUUUCAGCUUCCCCUGGACGCCGCUAACCCUGCCCUUCCAGGAGCCACCACAAGCUAUUUUCUCGUAACCGACCCUUCAACUACAGAUGUUCAACCCAGACAGGUGCUGCUUCCUGCUACAAAUGGACAGCCUUUACCCACCAACCAAUAUGGAGUGACCACAGCAACUCACUCCCAAGGCUUCUCCACAGGACCAGCACUCAUCUUACCAUCACCUGUUAAGCCCAUGAUGCUUCCCCUUAAUGUUGUGCAAAAUCCUGUGGGGAAGGUCCAGGUGGUGUCCAAUCAGCUCGUUGCCAUACCAACGCCUCUACCAGUACAGCAGAAAGAAACUGUCAAGCCCAAACCUCCCUCUGUGGCAACGAAACAGUCCACAGCAGCGGGCACUGAGAAAAAUCUGGCGAUUCAUCCUGUGGCAUCUGAAAAGAAAAGCCAGCAGGAUGCAGCAAAGGGUCCCACUCAUAAGAGGAUUUUAAUGUUUGAUUCUUCAUCCCAAGUUCAACCACAAACCUCCAAAACGACUGCACCCACACCUCCAAAUACAUCUGCAUCACAAUCAGUCCAGCAGACGGAGAAAGAUGACAAACAGUCUGGCAGCCGAACAAGACCCACCAUCUUGGGGGGCAACAAACCCAAGAGGAGGAUAGAGACCGUCAGAUGCUCCGCAGAGACCUCGUCUGGAGUGGACUCCGUGAAGGACUUCACUUCCUUGCAACAGCAGCAACAAGAUCUUGUUAAAAAGAACUCUCGCAAACAGAAUCAUACCAUCCAUAACCAAGAGUCUCAAAGUGCAAGUACCAGCAGUGCUGAUGCUUCACAGACUGAAGUCGGAAAAAAUUCAGAAUCGGGCAGGGGCUCAAAAUCUACUGACAGGAAACAAAAUCUUGAUGUGUGUAAUGAUGAUGCAAAAUCAAAGGAUUCUCACAGCUCCAGGUCAUUGUCAUCUGGUUCUGUACUGAAAUCAGGAAGUAGAAAGGACAAAGAGGAGAGCAGCAGGAAAGAACCUGCAGAGAAGGCUCCUUUGAAAUCACGUGAGGGACGAACAGAGAAGAGGAUUUCCUCUCAGGAGAUGCCAAACGUCACAGCUAACAAGGAGAAUGAAAUGAAGGGUCACAUGCAAGAGCAGCAGUCAUCAUUGUCAUCCUCCGUAACAAAAGACUUCAGCCCUGCAGCUGUAACUCAGCAGACAUCUAAUACCCAGUCUAAGACUGCAAAGGCCCAAUCAAUGACCAGCUCCCUGGCCAAACAGGCAGCUGAGAUGCUGCAGGACAUUCAAGGGCUCAGCUCUCCUUGCACACGGCCUGGAGUUGGCAGUCCAGACCCCAUUCUGCCUGGGAGUUCCCAUAACCAGGAGGGGCCCGCUGAUUGUCCCAGGACUCCUUCCAGACAGAAGAAGGGUAAAGACGGAGAGGCGACUCCCAAGCGUUUAAUGCCUCCCAAUACUCCAGACGUACCCACCUGCAGCCCUGCUAGUGAGGCAGGCAGUGAAAACAGCAUCAACAUGGCCGCUCACACCCUCAUGAUCCUGUCGAGGGCUGCUAUCGCCAGGACGGGCAGUCCACUGAAGGACAGUUUGCGUCAGGAGGGAGUAGGAGAAAAGUCGCCCACAAGCUCAAAGAACUCUAAGAAACGUAAACAGUCUUCUCCCACAGCAAGCCCGCCGGCAAAGAAGGACACACAACAAUCUCCCAGUAAAAAGAAAGACCGGGAAAGGAAGAAACUCGUUGAUUGUUUUCCUCACGACUUGGAUGUAGAUAAGUUCCUGUCUUCACUUCACUAUGAUGAAUGAAACCGGACACGCCGGCAGGAAAGGACUACCAUACCACUACCUAUUUAAGUUACUGUCCAGGAAUAGAACAAGCCAUCUGCUGAACUAGUGCCUAUGGUUCCUAUUAGUAAACUCACCUCAGACCUUAGAAGCUGCAGCGUCUCCUCCUGCCAGCGUGGGAUUUGGAUUUAUCUGACUGUUCUCCAGCGUGUCUGGAUUAAAAUAAUUUCACAUGCAGCAAUUGUAUGGUAACCGUGGCACUUUGUAUUUUAUGAUCAAUUUUAUUUUCUGUUUUGUUUUAGUCAUCAUUUGUUUAUACUACAACAAAACAUUUUAUUUUGCAGCACUUUGUCAUAAUGGGUGCAUGUUAGUUGGUGAUUCAAAGCAUUUCCUUGGUCAAUAUUUGAUCCUCCUUUGAAAAAUGCAGCUAACACGGUUAUUGGUAUGUGGAAGUACGUUGUUUUUUUUUUGUUUGUUUUUUUUUUGAAUGUGUCUAUCAAUAACUUUAUAACACUGAAUGAAAAGAUAUCAAUGCUUUUAGUUCCCAUAUGUGUUCAAUAUUAUCAAGUUAUGUGAAAAAUAAAAAAAAAACUAAUGUGAAUCAUUUCUGUAGCAUAUAUGCAUAUUUCUUGUUGGCAGUCUGAUGCAUUGUUGCAGCUGUUUAGGUUUGCAUACUCGGGCUAUAUUUUGUGUUGUAAUAAACAACAAAACUGUCUUGUU